GCGCGCGUACCGUACUCCGCGCAACCUUGGACAUCUAUAGCGCGACAGGUCACCGCGCGCAAGUCAGUUUCGCCCGCCAUUCACGAUACCCACGGUCAAGUCACAUGUGAGCGUUCUCGCACCUGUCAUCCCGCGGAUCAAUUCGCACGUCUGGUCCAGCCUUUCGCUUCAACUGGAUUCCCAAGACCUCCAUUCCAUAGCUGCUAAUUGCUCGACGACAUUCACAAUGUACCUGCCCUCCCAAAGCCCACACAGCGAACGCUGACACUCGCAGGGUCGUCUUCGCCCUGAUGAUAGUAUCCAAGUCCGGCGGUCUCAUCUACAACCGCGAAUUCCACACCGGUCUCUCCAAGCUAUCGUCCAACGACUACUUGAUCCUUGCGGGCUCCUUCCACGGGAUGCACGCCAUAACCUCGCAGCUCUCGCCCGCACCCCGCAUUCCCCACAUCACGCCGCAAAACAACAUGCUUGCCCCGUCUCCCUUCCCAAACAGACCCACCGGUAUCGAAGUCAUGGAGAGCAGCCAUUUCAGACUGCAGUGCUUCCAGACGCAGACGGGGACCAAGUUCUUGCUGGUCACAGAGCCGCAGCAGCCCAACGUGGAUACCAUGGUGAAGAAGGUGUAUGAGUUGUAUGCCGAUUUUGUUAUGAAGAACCCGUUCUAUACCGUGGAAAUGCCGAUAAGGUGCGAGAAGUUCGACAGGGGGCUGGAUGGGUUCAUCAAGGUCAGGGGGUGAGGUAGGAUUGAGGUUCGAAGAAGAUGCAAGAGACGUAGCGCUGCCACGACAGCUCAUCAAGAGAGGCUGCGCUAUGAGAGGCACAGCUGAACAGCCAUGUGCAUGGCGAGCGGUGUGGCAUACACAGCCCAAGACAGCAAUGGCUUGAACCAAAGGAAGCCAAUCGUCAGCCGAAGAAGCACAUUAGGGCCACUGGAACCCAG